ACAAGCGAGGAUGUCUGUCGUGUCCUGCAGACCAGCUGAAGUGGAGUUGCGGUUUAAUUGAUCACAGCUGCUAAGGAGAUGAGAACCAUUCCGGUGGUUUAGUCACGUGUCCCCAGGGGGGGCGUGCUGUGCUCUGGGAGUCGGGGCACGGUGGGAUCCCGUUAGCGCUGUUUGCGAGCUAGGGUAGGGACAGCUCACCAGUCGAAGUACUGCAAAUUGCAACAAACACAAAGAGGGGGAUCAACAUAGUUUGUUUGGAGAAGCUACAUGUUUGUGACAGAGGGUGUAUAUGGUUCUGGGUGGGAUUCUGACGCAUCUUGUUGAGAACAGUGUUCGGGAAGGUGUUUUAGCAAACUUGGACUAAUAAUUAGGCUACCGGUGCAUGCUUCGUGAUACUGGGACGCUAGAUUGGAGGAAUACGACUGAGAAAGAGUUUGUCAUCGGGUGGAUUGGCUUGCUACAUGCUUAACAGGCUGCUCUAACCCUCCCAAGCUGUCACUCUUCACUUCAUGAGCUUCCAUUUUCAGGUCUGCCAAUAGACAGGUAACUGACCAGCUUCUGUGGGAUUUGAUGUCGGCUCUAGAUUGUUUCAACUGAAAAUGGAAACACUGGAGUCGGAGCUGACCUGCCCAAUCUGCCUGGAGUUGUUUGAAGACCCGCUACUUCUACCCUGCGCCCACAGCCUGUGCUUUAACUGUGCCCACCGCAUCCUCGUCUCCCACUGCUCCACCAACAAGCCCGUUGAGUCUAUCUCUGCCUUCCAGUGCCCCACUUGCCGCUACGUCAUCUCCCUCAAUCACCGCGGCCUGGAGGGGCUGAAGCGCAAUGUGACUCUGCAGAACAUUAUCGACCGCUUCCAGAAAGCUUCUCUGAGCGGACCAAACUCCCCAAGCGAGAGCCGGCGUGAGCGCCCCUUCAACAGCCGAGGCUCCCCAGCCACCGCCAUGUCGCUCGAGCGCAUCCGCUGCCAGUUCUGCGAGCAGGACCCGCCACGAGAGGCGGUCAAGACUUGCAUCACCUGCGAGGUGUCCUACUGUGACCGUUGCCUGCGAACCACCCACCCUAAUAAGAAACCCUUCACCAGCCACCGGCUGGUCGAGCCCGUGCCGGACGCCCACUUCCGGGGCCUGACGUGCAUGGAGCACGAGAACGAGAAGGUGAACAUGUACUGCAUCGUCGACGAUCAGCUGAUCUGUGCCUUGUGCAAGUUAGUGGGCCGCCACCGGGAGCACCAGGUCUCUUCGCUGAGUGAGCGGUUCGAUAAACUGAAGCAAGCUCUGGACAGCAACCUGACAAACCUGGUUAAGAGGAACAGUGAAUUAGAAAACCAGAUGGGGAAGCUGAUUCAGAUCUGCCAGCAGGUGGAGGUGAACACAGCCAUGCAUGAAACCAAGCUGAUGGAAGAAUGUGACGAGCUAGUGGAAAUCAUCCGGCAAAGGAAGCAAGUCAUCGCAGUCAAAAUCAAGGAGUCAAAGGUGAUGAAGCUUCGUAAGCUGGCCCAACAGAUAGCCAACUGUCGGCAGUGUCUGGAGCGUUCGAGUGCACUCAUCACCCAGGCUGAACACAGCCUGAAGGAGAGCGAUCAUGCACGUUUCCUACAGACUGCCAAGAACGUUGCUGAGAGGGUUGCCAUGGCAACAGCAUCUUCACAGGUUUUGAUUCCGGACAUCAAUCUAAAUGGGGCCUUUGACAACUUUGCUCUAGACUUUUCCAGAGAGAAGAAACUUCUAGAAGGGCUGGAUUAUUUAACAGCACCCAACCCUCCAGCCAUUCGGGAUGAGCUCUGUACUGCUUCUCACGACACCGUUACCGUCCACUGGGCCUCAGAAGACGAGUUCAGCGUCGGCUCCUACGAGCUGCAAUACACCAUAUACACCGGCCAGGCCAACUUUGUCAGUUUGUACAACUCGGUGGACAGCUGGAUGAUCGUCCCCAACAUCAAACAGAACCACUACACAGUACACGGACUCCAGAGCGGCACUCGCUACGUUUUCUUUGUCAAGGCAAUAAACCAGGCUGGCAGCCGGAACAGUGAUCCUGCCAGGCUCAAGACAAACAGCCAGCCAUUUAAACUGGACCCCAAAACAGCCCACAAGAAGCUGCGCCUGUCUAACGACUGCCUGACGAUGGAGAAGGAUGAGAGCUCACUGAAGAAGAGCCACACUCCUGAAAGGUUCAGCAGUACAGGGUCCUAUGGAGCAGCUGGCAACGUCUUUAUUGACAGCGGCUGUCAUUACUGGGAAGUCCUUUUGGGUGCCUCCACCUGGUAUGCGAUAGGCGUCGCUUAUAAAUCGGCACCAAAGAACGAGUGGGGCGGAAAAAACUCAUCAUCGUGGGUGUUCUCGCGCUGCAGCAACAACUUCAUCGUGAGACACAACAGCAAGGAGAUGCUGGUAGACGCCAGCCUGCAGCUAAGAAGACUGGGUGUCCUCCUGGACUAUGACAACAACGUCCUCUCCUUCUAUGAUGCCAUGAACUCACAGCACCUCCACACCUUUGACAUCUCCUUCAUCCUCCCUGUGGUUCCCACUUUCAUGAUUUGGAACAAAUCCAUGAUGAUACUGACAGGACUGCCUGUCCCUGACUUUGUAGACUGCACAGAGCAGCAGGAAUGCAUCUGCAGGCCUCAGGAAUCACCUUACGUAUCAAAGAUGAAAUCAUGUCAAUAGGCCCGAGAAAAUAUAGCAGAUAGUUGUUGUUUUUUUGUUGUUGUUUCUUAUUUUUCCUCAAGUGUUUUUGUUCAAAUAUUAUUAUAAGAGAACAAUAUGUUGUGUACAGUUAAAUGUCGCAGCGGUUGACUUUAGUGUGACUACUACUCUUGUAUAAAAAAAAUAAUAAUAAUAAUGUUAAAUAUUAUUUAUGAAUAAUAAGUUGGAUUGCUUCUUGUCAAGUUUAUUGUAUCCAUAUUGCACUUUUUAGAGUUAUUUUUUUAUUUUCUCGGUGUAAACAUAAAUGGGGGAUUGUUACUUUUUAAAUUAUAUUUUGGUAGAAUGUAGACGCUUUGUCUUCUUCAGAAAGGGGCUGUAGCUUGGGAAAGUGUGGCUUCAUUUUUAGAACAGUGGGAUAUCAUCUUUCAAGAGAAAACAGAGAACACGCACAACUUUACACUCCGAUGUAGAGGGAGUUGGAGAACUCCAAUACAUUUUUUUUGUGUUUUGUGUUAUUUUGUUUUUUUGAAAAAACAUGCUACUGUCCAUAUUGUGAUAUGUAAAUGCAAUGGAAGCAACAAUAAUUAUAAUACAAUCUUAUUUCAAUGGUCGCCUUUUGAUUACUUUUAGAAUUUAAUACAUUGUGCUAAAACAAAUUGUACUAGAAAGCUUACCUGAGGUGACUCUCUUUGAGGAAAAUAAAUUUGAAUCCACUGCACAGUACUGUAUGUGGCUAGAGUUUAUGGUUAGGUGGAUGUAUACCAUAUUAACAAGACAUUACCUCAUUAUAACGUAAUUCCCAUUGUGUGGGCUAUUCCAAAUUCAACACUGCCAACUCCAGGUCUGAAAUCAUGUUUUGAAUACUGUACAAGCAGUAAACCUAGUCUCUAAAACAUGAUCUGCAAUGGGCAAUGUAUUUUGAACUCUUUAUCUUGCCUACAAAACAUUGUUUGUUUUCUUUUGGCCUAGUUGUUAUUAACCAAAUUCGUAAAUGGUUGAAACAUGAAAAAAACCAAGUGUUUUGGAUUGGGUCUUGCAACCUCCAGAGUUCAUUUGCGGUGUGUUGUUGUUACAUUGCUGUGGACUCCACCCAUGCACACUGUGUCCAUCUUUUUGUCAAGGUUCCAGCUGUGUGUUGAAAUCUUAAUUGUAGGUUCACUGUAGUAGUUUCACUUCUUUUAUCCGAAGUAUCUGAAACUUGUCACCUGGUCUCCAGUCCGCUGCUUUCAAGAAAAGCAAAUUGUCGAGAACGUAAUCAGAGAACUGGGCAAUUGAAAGAUUACAGGGGACAUGGGCGGACAUGAUGUAGUUCUUGUCAGCCAGUCAUACAAUUCGAAGUUCUUCUAGUUUUGACAUUUAUUUUUUUUUGUGGGGGGGGGGGGGGGGGGGGAGAGAGUUCAUGCCUGUACUAGCCUUAGAAACUAAUGUUUUUGACUUGUUGGUAAUCUUCUUUUCAUUUUAUUUUUUAACCUGGAUUAAAGCUAUCAAUUUCCAUUUUUUUUACAAGUCCCCGUAAUGUUCAAUUAAAUUCUUCCUAUGCAUGCAUUUACUAGUUGAUUUGCAUAUGCUCAUCAGCCAUUAAAAUUGGUGUUGCCACCCUAUUUGUAGAAAUACUCAUUCACCUAGAUUUAAAAUUGUAUUUUCCUAAUUUAAUAUGUAGUGAUGUGUAAUUUCAGUCUAUAUAUUGUUGGGAAAAUGUAUUGGUACCCCCCAAGCCCCAAUGUUUUAGUAUUCCCCUAAAAAUGUUGAAAUUGUUUCUUUUAUGCAAAGAUUUAAGAUGAUAUAAAACAUGAUGUAUAUGCUAUUCAGCUUUUUGUCAGGGGAGUAUAUUGGUCAUAAAAAGUGACAAUCAAUGUUAAUCAUGUAUUAAUUCUAAUUCUGUUGCACAAAUACCUAAAUUCACCCAUCAUAUCUUUUAAAGGGAUGCAAACUUGGGUGAUGCUAUUAAUACUGGUUAAUACUGGGAAAUAUGUAUUUUUAUUUUUGCAAUGACACCAUGGAGUUUCAAUCAAUGACAUUUAACUUAAUUCAAGAUUGUUCACGUUUCUGGUGCCCAAAUGUACCACACGGGUAGUGCACCUGAAUGUAGGCUUUUCAAGGUUUAUGGUGUAGAAGCACAUACUGUUUUUUUCAACAAACCGGACUAGUAACUUCAGUAGUAACUUCAUAUGGAUUUGCUGUAUCAAAAUAGCAUUGGAACGAACCCUCAGUUAUCAUUUAGAAAGCAACCUGCAGUGACCGUUGCAAUGCCUUCUGCGGGAAGUGAAAGUGUAUUUUAAUAGAAUUAAUCUGAUUCAGUAACAAAACAACAUCAGAAACGUUUUGGAGAAAAAAUAGGAAUACAGUUGCCUAGAAAUUCUAAUAUUCUUCUGCUUAUGACUAAAAAUGCCUGGGUAAAAAUAAUCCUAUACUGGAAUAACCUCAAACAAAAAGAAAAAAUCCUUUGAGAGAGAUUACACCAUCAUGGUGUAGAAAACAGUUUAUUCAAAGUUUAUGAGCAAAAUAAAAAAAAUUUUAAAAAAAACUAGGAAAUUGGUUUGACAGUGACCUGCUGUUCCUCUGCUAUGCAGUAAUAGUUAAUGUAGCAUUGUUUAAAAAAAAAACAAAUUUUUUUUUUAACCCAGAUAGGAUUUCUAUGGGGAAUUGCAAUGAAUUGUUGAGUAUAUCUGUAUCUGCAUAAAUUUGGGCUGCCAUAAAAGUAAUAAAAACAGCUGUGUGUAA